AUGGAGAGGCGUCCGCAGAGUGCCUCUAGAGGGCCGCAGCCAACCCACGGGGAGUCGCAAACACAAUCGAAGAAUCAAGCAGCAGCUGCUGCAGCUUCAAGGGCAGCGGCUAUUCCCGUAUUGGUUAGGGGUGGAGUAGACUGCAAACAGGGAGGGGACCUGACUGCGGCCCUUUCUUCUCCGCGUUCGUCUCCGUCCACAGAUAGGAGCACUAGUAGCAGCAGCAGCAGCAGCAAAAACUACAACGGCCGGUUUGAGCCGCAGAACUGGGACUACCCACAGCGCUGUUCGCUUCUGGCGACCAGCGAGGCAGAAGAUAAACUACUGCAGGGGGACCGUCCCGAGCCACAUGAAGGCCUGCAGUACGCCGGUGACCUUGACCGGAGCCCAAUGCCUCAGAACAGCAGCAGCAGCAGCGACAGCAGGAGCUACAGCAACAUCAAUAAUAGAAACGGUGGCGGAAGCGGUGGCUGCGUCUGCAUUUGCGGCCCUGCAGAAGGUGGGAGCCGGGCCGACUUGCGCCUUCAAGCACACGCCUCUCCUUCCUUGUCGGUGGUCUACCUGCGCCUUAGCCAGGCUCCACAACUAACCGAAGAAGUUGAAAGGAAGCUGCUGUCGUUUAUAGGAUUCGUGGAGAGCGGUGCUAGCCUGGAGCAGCAGCAACCGCAAGCCUACUACACUGUGACCGUCGUGUUGUACAUACGACGGCCUAAAGCCUUCGGAUUCCUUUCGUCUUCAGUAGAAAGACUGUCCUUUGAGCGGCUCGUUGGAGCCAAACAAGCAUGCAUCUCAGCAGCAACGGCGGCGGACGGAGCAGCAGCUGCGGGAACUACCGAGUGCGGGAAGCAACAGGCACUGCACCUGCAACCGCAGCCGGAACAGCAGCAACAGCAGCAACAACGGCAGCAACAGCAGCGCUUCGCAGAGUACCUGCCGCGAAAGAUGAGGCAACAGCAGGAAGUGGAGAAAUCCAUUAGGCAGGUUUUGUUUGCUGUCGUCGAAAUGGCAACGGCGCGGCAAUUUCAUCUCCCGCCACCGACCGUCAGCCACCACCUCUACGGGUACGACAUUGGCCUCAGCAGCAACCAGGCGCCCUUUGUGGGGGAUUGGGCACUACAGCUGCCUCAGACUGUCCGCCUUCCCUAA